AUGGAGGACUUCAAUCACUCCAGAGUGUCUGAGUUCGUGUUACUUGGACUUACUGAUUCCCCUGAGCUCCAGAUUUUUUUCUUUGUGGUGUUUUCCAUUUUCUACUUAAUGACCAUGUUGGGAAAUUGCCUGAUUUUGUUUACGGUCAUAUCCAGUCCACACCUCCAUUCUCCCAUGUAUGUCCUUCUGAGCAACUUAUCUCUUAUUGACAUGUGUCUGUCCUCCUUUGCUACUCCAAAGACGAUCAUGGACUUCUUUGCUCAGCACAAGACCAUCUCCUUUGAGGGCUGCAUUACACAGAUCUUCUUUUUGCACCUCUUUACUGGAACUGAGAUUGGGCUGCUUAUCUCUAUGUCUUUUGACAGGUACGUGGCCAUAUGCAAACCUCUUCACUAUUCAACAAUUAUGAGCCCAAGAGUUUGUGUUGGGCUGGUAGUAACUUCUUGGACAGUAGGAUUUCUGCAUACGAUAAGCCAGUUAGCUUUUACCCUCUACUUGCCCUUCUGUGGCCCCAAUGUUGUAGACAGUUUCUUCUGUGAUCUUCCAUUGGUCAUCCAGCUGGCUUGUAUAGAUAUUUAUGUUCUUGGGAUCUUCAUGAUUUCAACUAGUGGUGUGAUUGCUCUUGUAAGUUUUCUGCUUUUGCUCGUCUCCUACAUCAUUAUUCUUGUCACUAUCAAGAACCACUCUUCCAAAGGAUCAUCCAAGGCUCUUUCUACCUGCACGGCACACUUCAUAGUUGUAUUCAUGUUCUUUGGGCCCUGCAUAUUCAUCUAUAUAUGGCCUUUCACAAAUUUCCUUGUGGACAAAGUUCUCUCUGUUUUCUAUACCAUUUUCACCCCUUUUCUAAAUCCACUUAUCUAUGCUUUGAGAAAUCAGGAGGUGAGUUUAGCUAUGAAGAAGAAACUAAAUUACAAAUACUUCAAUGUUUGGAAAACGACACCACAUCACCCAGUGCAAUGA